CUGUUAUCCCUGCUGCGUGUGACUGAAGUAAAGUGGCAGGCGACGACAUGGCCCCCACGCACCGCCGCAGCUUUAAAACCGUCUCACCGUCCGAUCCCAGCCCGCACAAAUCACUCGCACCGAGCACAAUCGAAGGAACGCACGCAAAUGGGCAGCAGCAUGAGCUCGCCACCGCAGCUCAGCAACGGCCUCAAGGCCGUGUACCGGCGCGUCGGGGACAACUUCCUCGCCGUUGUGACGGUGCCGCUCGUCGCGGACGCUCUUACUGUGAUUGCGCGGUUCGGGCCCGACAAGGUCGCCGGUCGGCUUCGGGAGGUCCGGCCCGUGCACUUCUUCUUGGCCGCGUUCCUCUCGGCCGCGGCGGUCACGGUCUACCUCGUGCUGCGCCCGCGCGCGGUGUACCUGGUCGACUACAACUGCUUCCGCACGGCGCCCAACUGCCGCGUCCCUUUCGCCACCUUCCUCGAGCACGCCAAGCAAAUGCCCGUGCUCAACGAGCGCAGCAUCCGGUUCAUGACGCGGCUGCUCGAGCGCUCGGGGCUCGGGGAGGAGACGUGCCUGCCACCCGCGCACCACUACAUUCCAACGUACAAGUACUGCACCAUCGAGGCGGCCCGCGGCGAGGUCGAGCUCGUCGUCUUCUCGGCCGUCGACGACUUGUUCGCCAAGACGGGCGUCAGCCCCGAUGCCAUCGACAUCCUCGUCGUCAACUGCAGCCUGUUCUGCCCCACGCCGUCCUUCGUUGACAUGAUCAUAAACAAGUACAAGCUUCGCAGCGACAUCCGCAGCGUGCACCUCUCCGGCAUGGGGUGCAGCGCGGGGCUCAUCUCCGUGGGGCUUGCUAGGAACCUCCUGCAAACCUGUCCGCGAGGCGCGCAUGCGCUGGUCGUCUCCACGGAGACCAUCACGCCAAACUACUACGUCGGCAGGGAGCGUGCCAUGCUCCUGCCCAACUGCCUGUUCCGCAUAGGCGGCGCCGCUGCGCUGCUGUCCAAUUCCCCGGCCAAGGCCCGGUUCCGCCUAAAGCACGUCAUACGUGUGCUCACAGGCGAGCAGGACAACGCGUACCGGUGCGUGUUCCAGGAAGAGGACGACAAUGGAAACGUCGGGAUCAACCUCAACAAGGACCUCAUGACUAUCGCUGGCAAUGCGCUCAAGGCCAACAUCACCGCCAUCGGUCCUCUCGUCCUGCCGGCCUCCGAGCAGCUCCUGUUCGCCCUCUCCUUCAUCGCACGGAAGAUGCUCAGCGGGAAGUUCAAGCUGUACAUCCCCGACUUCCGCACGGCCUUCGAGCACUUCUGCAUCCACGCGGGAGGCCGCGCCGUCAUCGACGAGCUGCAGCGCAGCCUCGGCCUGUCCGACGAGCAGGUGGAGGCGUCGAGGAUGGCGUUGCACCGGUUCGGGAACACGUCGAGCAGCUCGCUGUGGUACGAGCUGGCGUACAUCGAGGCCAAGGGGCGCAUGCGCAAGGGUGACCGGGUGUGGAUGAUUGGGUUUGGGUCCGGGUUCAAGUGCAACAGCGCUGCUUGGGAGUGCAUCGAGCCCGCGCGCAACGCGGAGGGGCCGUGGGCCACAUCGAUCCACAGGUACCCGGUGGAAAUUCCCGACGUACUGAAGCACUGAGUUUUUUUUAAAAAUUUUUAACAUAAAAAUUUAUUUAAAUAUAUCUCGAAUGAAAAAAUUUACAAAAAUAGACACCUACCGCUCUCUUAUGAGACGGUUAAACUCUUACCGCACCUAAGAAGACGGUAAGCAGUCGGCCCACAGCUUACCGCCCUCUAAUAAUGCGGGUAGGCCUUACAGCCCUACGAAAUAGCGGUAAACUCCAGUGCAUAAACAGUACCACGGUGAGCAGUACUCUAAAUUUCAAUUUCUUUUCUACUUUAUCUGUUUAAAAUAGUGAUGUUCUGUUGCUAAAAAAUUCUAAAAUUUUUUGUAUGUAUUCCAUAAUCUAUGUGCAACCCAUUUUAAUUGAAUUUACACAAAAAUCAUGUGUAGAAUUUAAACUAAAAUUAUCAAAAAAUGCUACUUGUAUAACUUCUAACAAUUGUUAGUGCCUCAAAUAAAUUUCUAAAAAUCUGGUAAAAUUCACUAAUAUUCUUCUUAUGUGAUGUGAUAAUUUCUAAAAUUAUUUUCAGCACUAGGUUUAUAUAUUUUUGAAUUCAAAUUAAGUUAAAAGAAGAAUAUCAUAUGAAAUUAUAAAAAUACAUAUAGAUGGUGCAUUACACAGGAAAUCACUUUUUUACCACAUAAUAUAGGGCUUAAAAUAAUUUUAGAAAUUAUCACAUCACAUAAGAAUAAUAUUAGUGAAUUUUACCAGAUUUUUAGAAAUUUAUUUGAGGCACUAACAAUUGUUAGAAAUUAUAAAAGUAGCCUUUUUUGGAGAAUUUUAGUUUAAGUUAUACACAUGAUUUUUAGAUAAAUUCAAUUAAAAUAGGUUUCACAUGGAUUAUGGAACACAUACAAAAAGUUUUAGAAUUUUUGUAGCAACAGAACAUCACUAUUUUGAACAGAUAAGAUAGGACCAAAAUUAAAAUUCGGAGUACUGUUCACCAUGGGUACUGUUUAUGAACGGGUCUUACCGCUUCGGAGGGCUGUAAGGUCUAACGCCCUACCAGAGGGCGGUAAGCUGUGGGUUAACUGCUUAUCGCUCUCUCAGGAGCGGUAAGGUCUAACCGUUUUAUAAAAGGACGGUAGAUGCCUAUUUUCGUAAAUGUUUUCAUUCGAAGUAUAUUUAAAUAAAUUUUUAUGUUAAAAAAUAUAUAAAAAAAAAAUCCUGAAGCACUGACCAGCUCGGGCAUCAACAUGUGUUUUAGCUAACAACCCAUAUAAUAAUUCAGAGACACUAUCUCUCUCCUGUUUACGGUAUUGUUAAUACCACAGCAGCAUUAUCAUACGAGUGUAUGCCAAAGGCUUGAAUCAGUAUAGUAUUAUACUCUCAACGUCA